CAGUCAAUCACAACACUCGAUAGCUCCAACUUGAUAAGGCAUUUUCACUUCCUUUUCCAACGCUCCCUCAAUAAGUAAAGAUGAAGUUCCUUUUCGUGGUCGCUCUUAUUGCCUUGGCCAUUCAGUUGGCUUAUUCUGCAAGUGGUACUGACGAUACUGCCACGACUACCACUGCUGCCACCACUACGACAACCACCACUGCAGCAACAACGACAACAUCGGCGUCGGCAACCACCUCGACCACUGCCUCAUCCACCCACAAGAAGCGUUGCUGGAAGGGCAACAACUGGUGCCACACUCGCAUUCCGAAUAAGAAGUGCAAGAACCCCAAAAGGUGCCACAAAACCGUCGUGAUUGUGACCCGCAGGAAGAACUAAGAGAAAACUUUUUUAAUUUCAAAAUAAAUAUCUAGAAAAAGAUUUAGUCCAUUUAUAUACUUUUCUGGCUGGACUUUAUUUAAUGAUGUCAUU